UGGGGAGUUGUGGAAGGUGUCAUAACGAUGUGGCAACAGUGCUCGCUCCGCCCCUUCAGGUGUGGGGAGCAGAGGUCCUCAUUUGCAGCUCUCAUCGCCUUCCGUCUCCUCACUGCGGUCCGCCAGAGGUGGUGAUGGCGUCCCGUGACUGUCAGGUGUGUCUGGAGCCUUACGAUGAGGAGGAGAGGAAGCCGCGGUGCCUUAGCUGCGGCCACACCCUUUGCAACUCGUGCAUCGCAGACUGUCUCUCCCGCGGCCCAUUGCUGUGUCCCUUCUGCCGCUUGGUGCACGCUGCGCCCGUCACCCGCGCCAGCGACGUGCCUGUCAACUACACGGUGAUCAACUUGUUGCAGGAUACCUCCUAUUCGCUGGUCUCACAGAGAGCAGAAACACUGUUGGCGGAGGUCAAGAAGGAAGCUAAUGAAUUCACCACAAGUCAGCUGGUGACGUGUAACUGCAGACUAACGAGGCUGCAUGACUUUCAGCAACGGCUGAACGAACAGUGCAGUGUCCACAGGGUGCACGUGCAGGCACUCAGGUCACUGGUGGAGCGCCACGAGGGCUUGCUGCAGGACAUGACCAGCAGGUCAGAGCAGGCCGCCGCCACCAUUACCGAGGGGAAGGAAAUAAAAUCCAGGCUGGAGUCAGCUCAGGCCAAGGUGAAUGGCGCUACUAACCUGCUGGAGGUGACGGCGGCACACGAGGAGGACCGUUGCUACAGGAAUACCGUGACGGAGUGGGACGCUGCCGCCCACCGUCUACUGCAGUCCCAGGUGGUCGCCGCGGCCAGGGAGCUGGAAUUCGUGACGGCCGCCGCCCUGCAGGCUGUGGUGGAGCGCAGCAUGUCGGCCGCCACCGCCGCCGUCACACCCACCAAGGCCAUUCAGCCACCGGUGCUGCAGGAGGAGGUGACGGAGCCCGGUGACACCUCGCAGCUAGUGCUCGAGAUGGUGAAGCAGGCCAGGCUGGUGGGCAGUAGCGUGUGGGCGACCACGACGAAAAGCGGUAGGCCGCGACGGGCUAGAGUGGACCAGCAGGGUGACCAUCUUUUCCUCUCCGCCCUACAGGAGGGGGAGCCUCCCCUGUACUCCCACACCUUGCCGUACGAGAAGGUGCGGAGCAUGGUGGACGAAGACCACCUAAAGGUGUUCCUGGAGUUAUCAUGGGGAGGGCAGGUGCAAGGCAGAGUGAACAUCAAGCUGACCAACGCCACCACCAGGACCAGGCACUUUUUCUACCUGUGCACGGGGGAGCUCGGACCUUCAUACGGUGGCACCUACCUGCUUGAGGUGGAAAAUCGUGGCCAGCCAGGAGAGCGAGUGUGGGGCGGCGACUACCAAGCCAACAACGGCACCGGCGGCGCUGCGAUGAAGGGCUUCACCAUGGGGGAGUUGACGGCACAGCCAGUGACGGCAGGCCUCGUGGCGAGCUUCUGCUACGGCAGCGACGACCACCGCAAGCCCUCACACUUCGUGGUGUACACCAGUGACUACCCGGUAACGUAUGAAGAGUGUCCCGUGGGCAGGGUGGACCAAGGCCUCGACCUCUUCCGCUUUGCUGCCAAGGUGACCAAUGUCCGUGACGCCAUCAUCACUGACUGCGGCCUCGUGCUGUCUGUGUGACGGGCUGUCCGGAACGGCAGGGCUGGGACGCCUGCCGCAGACCAUUUCGGCCCACGGCACCGGGAGGCGGGCGGGGCGGCGGAAAAAAAAAAAACGCGUCACAUCGUCCUUACCAGCUUGAGCACUGAGCACUCACUGUUGUCUGGUGUCCACCUGAAGCAGCUGCAGGCAGCAACACACUUGACAGAUAAGGCAGGACACCCGUCACAGUGUAUAUUACUUAGUAGAAAUGUAUUGAGUGACUAGCCGAGCGGGCCACGUGUGGUGUGUGUGCGUGUGUGCCCAGAUUAUCUUGGCAUAGGUGUCAGGGAGCUGUGCAUCCCUGGUGGAGCAAACAAGCACAGCAAACGAGGAAGCAAGACUUUCCCGCAUCUCUCCAUGCAGAUUCUGCCGAGACAGACACAUGCUCACCCUUCCCUAUCACUUGACAUCCAGACAUGUCCCUACCGCAAUACGUUAUCCACACAUCCGCGCGGGCACUGCUAUGCAAAAAUCAGAAGGCCAAGCUCACAACCUGUGGGUGAAGCAGGUGGUGCCACGGCGGUAUUUCCUUCGCUUUGCAGCUGGCAGGUGACUGUGACCGCCCUCACGCACCCGCCGCCCGGCCACCAAUGUUAUCUCUUGGGGAACUUAACAGUUAUUGUUUCAGCUGUGUAGCGUCCAGCUGGCUGAGAGAGAGAGAGAGAGAGAGAGAGAGAGAGAGAAAUUGUUAUAAAUAAUUAAGUGAUAUAUCGGCGUUGUUGUCUAUUGUAUCAUACUGUAUUCUAUAAGAAUAAAUACGUACACAUUA